AUGUACGGCAGAGGGCAUAGUAGGGAAUAUACUAGACCGCACCAGGGAGAAGAUGUGGUCUUGCCCAAACUGCCGCCGCUAAACACUAGGAGAUCUUUUUUGGAGCACAAAAGAACAGAGGCGCAGGUGCAGGGAGGGCGAGGGGACCCAUUGGGCGAAAAUAGGGCUGUGAACGGUUCGCCCGGUCUCACUGAAGCCGCACCGUCGACACCGCCACGACAUCGGUCGCGAAGGCAUCCAGCUGGGUUUUCUGCCGGCUCACCAGAUUUCUUACCUCGAUCAGCAUCACCACAGAUCGUACACGGACAUAAUAGGACUCCUUUGCAUAGAAGACCACCGCCCCUACCGCCGCAUCCAAAACAGCAACCACAACCACAAUCGAAGGGUGACUCACACAGAGAACCCAUAAAUGCACACAUAGACGAAGCGGAAAGGGCAUCCCUAGUAUCAGGAUCCACCAUACAUAUAAAGAGCCCCCAGUCAUCAUGGCUCAGCGGGGGCGAGUCCGAGACCGAUGUGUCCCCCUCGCAACAGCAUAUUAGAAAAGUACCCUUUGAAAAGGAACCCAUCUCUCCGAGCCCGACAGUAACCAGCGUGCGGGACUACGGGGAAUUCUUAAGGGAUGCACCGCCGCCUCCGGUGUCUAGUUUGAGGAAUAUUAGUGAACUCAGUAAACAGUCGGACAGUAUCGAGAGUUAUUACUCGGAUUCGAACUACACUUUCAACAACUCGAACAACGCACGCCAUAGUAGUUUCAAUUCGCUGUCCAAGAGCAAACCGCUGGAGCUGGCUCCAAGUUUGACGGCCCCAACAAAACCGUUCAACAUAGCGGCACUAGAUGAGAAUAAGUUGUACCAGUGCUAUACCGUGUACAAACUGUCUGACAUUUACGAGUGGAUUCUAAAGAUUUACUUCGAGUGGUUCAACGAGUUCGUUUUCGGGAAAAUCGAGUUCUAUCAAGUGAUACAAAGGUUACUGGAAUUCCAACUGUCCAACAACAUCGACCAAGAGAUAAUAGAUUCCAACGUCGACAGAAUAAUAGCAUCACUGGUUACCCAGGGGGCCGUACGGUUCGAGAAUGAUGACGAUGAGGGAUCGGAUUUGACUAUCAUCAUCGCGGGACUAGACGUCCAGGGAAUCUUCACCGAGCUGCUCCAGUGUUACUCAUUCGAAGACCACGACAAGGAGGAACACACGCUCCAGUGCUAUUCCUACACUUGUACGGAAAAUUGUCCAUCUAGGGGCAGUAGGAAGGAUAUUCCGAUGUCCGAAAUAACAAACAAAUCAGUGGGGUUCUGGACCGAUUACUGGUCUUUGACACCAGAAGACUUGAAGGAGAUAGAUAAUCAUGAGAUUCAAAGACAAAGUUUUAUCUUCGAUUUAAUUAUCUUGGAGGAGCGGUCCCUGAACAUGGCAAAUGCUGCUGUGGAAAUAUACGGAAAAAGGUUUGACCCGAGUUUCCUGCCAAACGACCCUGACUUUUCUAAGUUAGCAUUUUCCAUCUUUGAACCCAUGAUUCAACUUCAUAAGGAGUACCUGAUGGGACCCCUCUUUUGGAAGAUCAAAACGAAGGGCAAAUUUAUAGACGGUAUAGGCAAGAUCUAUCUGAAAUGGUGUCAUGAGGCAAGGGAGUUGUACCUACAGUAUGCGACGGCAAUGGCGACAGUCCAUGAGAUUAUAACGUGGGAGAAGAAACACAAUACACAAUUCUCCAAGUGGCUUAAAGAGGUAGACGAUUGUCCGGCGAUCAUCCGUUCAAAAACAUACCAUGACGUGAUAUUUUUUGGUGGGUUCUUCAAAUCUUUGCAAAACAUGCCCAUCACGUUAAACUCGAUAUUGAAAAAUACAGACGUAUCUAACGAGGACCAUGACUAUUUGAAAAUGGUCAUAAGGGACAUUGAGCAACUGAGUUCCGAUGUUAAUAAAGUACAUGGUGACGCAAUCGACCACCGGAAACUCGUGAGAUUUUCUUUACAGCUUCAAAUUAAUAAUAGCACACCCGCUGGCUACUUUAACAAAGCAAACCACUCGUCGCCAGAUGGUAUAUCGACCUCGUUGCAAGAGCAAAAUUCGAAUAAUAAUGGAUUUGAUUUGGCUUUGGAAGAUCCCGAAAGGAAGCUUUUUUGGUCCGGCAAUCUUUUAAAGAAGAGAGAAUUGUGGUUAGAUCCGAUAAAAGUGUACGUCGCGCUAUUGGACAAUUAUUUGCUGGUUACAGAACCGCUAGUUAAAAAUGGACAAAAAGUCUAUAAACUUUCCGAGAAACCGAUACCUUUAGACUAUUUGAAUCUUGAGAAAAAAGUAAAUGUGGACUCUAUUCACAGCCUAUUAGAAAGUUCUGCCGGAGAUAGUUAUCACCAACUGGAUUCUGCCCGUAAAUUGGGCCCUCAGUCCUUGACUUCACCGAUGGGUUCAGGAAGACCGCAUCUGUUGAGUGCAGCCGUGGGUCGCACAAUACAUAGUGAGAAAGACGUGAAAACUCAUACAGGUAUUUCGAACAAAAAUCCAGAUGAAGAAGAGCUGAACUUCAAAAUUCGAAACACAGCGACGAACGAAUCUGUUUCUCUUCUGGCAGCGAAUGUAAAGGAAAAAAGAGGUUGGAUCGAUGCGAUCAUUUCUGCAUUCAAAGCUCGUAAGUCUAAAAUGUCUUCCGCUAUCCAAUUUGAAGCGCUAAGUUCACAGUUUGCGUAUUCUGAUAAAGACGCACCAGUAAACCUCCCCAUGACAAUAGAUGGUUCGGAAAUUGACAAAGCAUUGCAGAAAUACGAGUCCCGUGGUAACAGUGACAAAAUAUUCGGGUUCCCCCUUGUAGCAAAUUUGUUGACAACGUCCACGAUAAGGCACGAGGGGAAGACCUUUUUGAUGGUGGCAUGUAACUAUGGCAUACUGAUUCGGUUGGAAAAUGGGAUAGACAACAAGCUCAGGAAAGUAAUACAAUGUUCCUGUGCAACCAUGCUUGAGGUCAAUCAUAAGCUCGGCCUUGUCUUUGUCCUAGAUAAUAAGAAUCUGAUUUACUUCAGUAUUCCGAGCAUCCUGGGCGCAUAUUAUCACAGCGAGCGGUACUUACAUGACAAUACCGUGGUCGGUGUUGUUAUUCGCGAUAAAGUAAGCUGUUUCAAAUUUGCGGAAGACUUUAGCAGCUCCAAGCAUUUAUUUUACGAGCGAAAGAACAAGAUUCAUGUGUUGACGCCCGAAUUUGAUCAAUUGUCAAAAGCGUUGAAACUGUUCAAAGAGUAUAAGGAAUACAAACUACCUGGAUCCUCUGUUUCUCUCAACAACACAGUUGUGAGUAAGAUUGUCACGUUUAAAACCUGUUUUGUGGUGUGCACUAACAAAGGAGUCCUGUUUUAUCAGAGUGAUUUUGAUGAUGAAGGUAUAACCUUACCCACGUUCUAUAACGAUGAUGGUAUCCUAGCCCAGUUAAAGGAGAAGAACAUUAUAUUGCCAUCCGGCGAUUCCUCUCCUAGCAAAGGUUUAUCGAAGGGGAAGAUGAUCAAAAGGGUGAAAAGAGAUAUAGCACUGUGCAAGGCAAAUCCUAUAUCUUUUGUGCCACUCCACGAGACAUUGAAGGAAUACCUCAUUGUUUAUGACCAGGCCAUAGUCCGCAUCAAUAAGUACGGUGAAAUAGCAAACUGGGAAACUGACAUAUUGGUUUUGGACUUUUGUUGUACGGGAGCCCUUAUUUUUGAAAAGUAUUUGAUCUUGGUUGCGGAGAGCCUUGUCCAAAUAUACGCUUUGAAGGAACUAUCAGAGUCAUUGCCCUUGAGAGCGAUGACACCAAUCCAAAUCAUCAAGGGGAGAAGGGUACAGCUACUGGGCGAUGGGCAGUCCGGUGCUGAGGUCGUACUAGGUAUGAGCCACCCGAAUAUCCCGAAUAGACAGUUGCUGCUCGAAUGUAGUAUUGAUAACAGUAGUUGA